AUGAAAACACGGCGGCAACACGUCUCUGAGGAUGAUGUAAUCAUUUCUCGACACCAUACGCGGCCGAAGACCUCAGGAGGAAACGCAUUACCGAUCCCAAUUGAUCUCGUUUACGAGAUAUUCUCGAGGUUGCCGGCGAAAUCUGUAGCGAUAUGUCGUUGCGUGUCAAAGCUAUGGGCCUCCACACUUGGCUGUGCAGAUUUCACUGAGUUGUUCUUCACCAGAUCUUUGGCUCGUCCGCAGCUAUUGUUCGCCCGCAAAAUCAGAGGUGUGUUAUCCUUUUUCUCCUUGCCUCAGGCCCUCAGCUUCAAAAUCCGGAUUGGUCUUCUCCAUGGCUUGGUCUGUCUUAUAAAUAAGCGGAUCAUAAAUGAAAAGACGGAAACGGUGCCGGUGAUAUGUAAAUUUAGCACCGGUCAGUUUUUACCUUUACCCAAAGUGAAGUCGGAGAGAGUUAAUGUGAUAAGCUACUUAGGAUAUGAUCCGAUUGGUAAACAAUUCAAGGUACUGGCCAUGACCUGUCCAAGUCCAAAAUAUGGCAACCUAAGGAGGAUAUGUGAGGAGCAUCAAGUUCUAACAUUAGGGUAUGGAAAACUGUCAUGGAGAAUGAUCGACUCUAGUGUUCCCCCUCAACUUCUAUAUAAAGAUUUUGAAACUGGAAUAUGCAUCAAUGGUGGUUUGUAUUAUCAGGCUUCGGUUGAUGGGGUAAUUUGCUUUGAUGUUAGGUCUGAAAAGUUUACAGUUAUUAACCUUGACAAGGGUGUGAUAUCUUUAAAUUUGUGUGGAACUCUGGUUAACUACAAUGGUAAAUUAGGUGCACUCUUGAUGUGUCAGAUAUUGAGUUGA